CGCUCUUCGUUCAGCAUGGCGACGAAGUAUAACAUCGGCGACCCUGUGUGGGCUAAAAUGAAAGGCUUCUCCCCGUGGCCAGGAAAGGUGGCCAACCCGACCAAAGAGGUGAAGAGGCCGGCACUAAAGAAGCCAAUGCAUUGCAUCUUCUUUUUCGGAACCAACAACUAUGCAUGGAUCCAGGAAGACCAAAUCAAGCCAUAUGAAGCCAGCAAGGAGCAGUUUUCAAAGUCCAGCAAGACAGGCUUUAAGGAAGCCUUGGAAGCCAUUGAAGAUUACGUCAAGAACCUUCCAGAACAACCGGUCAGAAGCUCUGAUCUGCCCAGCAUUGAUGAGGAGAUUUCCACAAUAUUCCCUAAUGGUUCUGUGAGCCCCAUAACGAACACACCAACCAAGGGCUCGCCAUCUGCAAGAGUGGCUGCCUCCGAAGAUGAGGUUGAGGAGGCACCUGCAACCCCUGCUGUGACACCGUCAAAAGCGCCCAAAACACCAAAGGAACCUAAGGAACCUGUUACGACUGACAAAGAGCCAAAACGGAGAAAACGAGAGCUGCAGGACCAGUCACAUCGGGCCUCCAAACGAACUUCUUCUGAGAGCAGCAGUACAGGCUCGGCACCCAUGAAAAGAAACAAAGCAGCCGCAACUGAGAAGGCUUCCUCGGUGGCAGCUGCGACACCAAAUAACAAUGCGGCUGGCCUCAACAGUGUGUCCAAUGCCACUUCAUCGUCUAAGUCCAGCUCUAACCUCCUGAGGCAGUCUUACGUCACAAGGCCCGUGACACCACCCCUGGAUGUGGAGAGGAUAUCGGAUGUCUUGCGGUCAAAACAUGUCAGCCCAUCAAACCUCAAGUUUGGGUUUCUGGGUUUGGGCAACAUGGGCCAAGGCAUGGUCAAGAACCUCAUCAACUCGGGUCACCACAUCACCGUAUGGAACAGGACACCUUCCAAGUGUCGAGACUUUGUAAAAGCGGGUGCAUACAAGGGUUUAACCCCUGCCGAUGUCGUCGCAGCAUCUGACAUCACGUUCUGCUGUGUAUCGAAUUCUCAUGCAGCCAAGGAGAUGGUGUUCGGAAAUUGUGGUGUUUUGCAUGAGAUUAAAGACAACAAGGGCUAUGUAGAGAUGACGUCCAUAGACCCUGACACAUCGCAGGACAUAUCAGAGGCUAUCAUGCUCAGAGGUGGGCGGUACCUAGAAGCACCAGUCUCAGGCUCAAAAAAGCCUGCCGAGGAUGGUACCCUCAUCAUCCUGGCUGCAGGUGACCGAUCACUUUUCAACGACUGUGCCAGCUGCUUUGAGGCUAUUGGCAGGCAUGCGUUCUACUUGGGGGAGGUGGGCAAUGGCUCCAAGAUGAGCCUCAUCCUCAACAUGCUGCUGGGGACAACAUUAGCGGGUCUUGCAGAAGCCAUGGCUCUGUGCGAUCGGGCUGAGCUGUCCCAGAAGGAUCUAUUGGAGAUACUUGAACUGGGCGACCUCAACUCGGCAGUCAUCAGUCAAAAAGGCCAAGCCAUUAUUGAAGGCACCUUCGCAACCAACAUGCCCCUACAGCACCUUCAAAAGGACCUCUGUCUUGCCAUUGGCAUUGGUGACCAGUUGGAACAGCCUUUACCAGUCACAGCGGCAGCAAAUGAGGUAUUCAAGCAUGCCAAGAAGCACGGCUACGCGGAACAUGACGCCUCGGCAGUGUACAUCCGGACUCGGCUCUGAAGGCACCAAGAAGCCCCGCUGAGGGGAGAGAGAGGAUAUACAAGGGCAGGGAGUGCAAGGCGCACACACAGCUGCAUGUGGUACCAGAGCAGAAGCCUAGAAUUGCAAUUCAUCAUCCCAUUUACCGGCUCUUCCAGCCCACAAAAUUGGGACCGGCAUUCGCAAUGUGCUAGAGCCAGUGCUGGUUAGGAAGUGGUGCCUUUUUAACAGUGGCCCUUUCUUAGGCCUCUGUCUCAUUGCCUGGUCUUUGCAUUGCUUUGUUUGCCUUGCUUAAAGCUGGGAUGCUUAGUUGAUUGUUAAGCAUCAGUAUAGUGUUUUUUUAGUAGCUAGUACGAGGCAGUGCAUGGCUCCACGCACCACAAGCAUAGCUAUUUGAGAAGAAUCAAGCACCCGCUGAAGCAAUGUUGCAUUUCACAAGAGCAUGGGACUUGUGUUAUGUUUUUUUUAAACGCAGUGGCAGCCUUGGUAAGCAGAACCCUCUGCGCUGCAAUUUGCUCAUCUUGUGGAGCUCUUUGUGCAUUCAGCCUGUUGAAAAGCUAGGUGAGUUGUUCUAGCAGGUUCCUUGUUUAUUACCAAUGCACUGAUUUUAAGCUGAUAUUUUAUGAAACAUCAAGUUAGCCAAUGAAAUUGUGUGCUCUGUUGUACAUCAAUAUUUUGGUUUCUCAUUUGUGUUUUAAGUAAUAGCUUCAUGCUGAAGUCCCAGUGCAGCAUGACCAUGCACUGAAGUUGUCAAAUAUUUGUACCGCAAUGAUUGCGUUUCACGUUUUCCUGUUAAGUGGCUAGAUCCUUUUUUUUUUUUUAAGUGCUGAAGGUGAUAGCCAUACAAAAACUGUGGUGCUCACCAUUUGCUGACAUUUAUCUUAUUUUAUUUUUCUCUUCCCGACUUGGAGCUGCAGAAUUACACAUGAAAGGGCAUCCUUCGUAUUGUAACAAGGCACAAACGGAGGGCAGCAUUCAUGAUGGGAUGUGCUGCCACUGCUGUGCAUGUGUGUGUGUGUGUGUUUGUCAACAUGGCCAGUGCAUUGCAUGCCUGUUCCUGCUAAAGAGUACAAGAUCUCCCUCAUCUCUCCCUCUCUCAUUUCAUUAUGGAGGAAGAUCAGAAACUGCUGUUAGUGUGCAUUUUUAUUGUGCAACGACUCUGUCCCCUAGGCUGGGAUGUGGGCUCCAGACCGAGUCCCAUAUGCAAGUCAGUACGGCUCAUCUUUCAUGCUCUGGGCAGCACUGUGUGCUGAGUUGUCCUCCUCCUGCUGUUGUUAUACAUAUUAACUACAACACCCCAUUCCAUUGGAAAGUGUCACCAUGUCAUACAUACACCAGAGGAAUAAAUAACAUCUUCACUUUAUUUUAACCUGA